UUGCCUUCCUGAAGACACUUUGCAGUGUCCCAUCUGAGCGCGCGAGCUUCACACUGCGUUUGUCUUCCUUGGCAUCGACGAGCCCUUUGUUGUUAGCUCGAUCUGAGCUGCUGUGGUUGCGAGAAGGAAGCGUGAAGAAAUUCGGGAGAUAUUGAGAUGAUUUUGGACAUUUUUGGCCGUUUGUGAACGAAGGUUGCGGUGGUCGUAGGGGCUGUCUGCGUACGCGUUGCAUUUUCGUUGGAGAAUGAAUUUCUGUGGCGGGAUUGGAUAGGUGAGGUCUCCUGUCGCAGAGACUUUGUUGACGAGCAUUUUGGUCGAUGCAAUUUCUGGUGCUUCCAGAGAGCUACAUUCAUGUGCUUCAAUUUAUGCGAGGUUAGUGAACCGUGGAUCAAUCUCAAAACUCUCCACUAUGAGGAGAUCGGCUGCUCCAAGCAUGCUUGCAAAGAAACUUCAGGAACAGGGGAAAGAGAAUGUUAUUAAUGCAAAAUCUGCUAUCUUCGAGAAAGCUGGCGGAAGUGAACCCUUUCGGAACAUCAUACCAAGCAGGAAAAGGUUCAGAACACCUUUCACCUCACCGCAGGCAGUUGUUUCCCCUAGAACGAAGUUGCACUCUGCAGGUGGAACAGAAAGCUACGGAUCUGAAGGACUUGCAAUAUGUAAGGGCUCUAACGUGGUUAGAGAUGCUCCCACUGCAGGGAGGAAACCCUCCCAGGUACUCCAACUGAUGCAAUCUAGAAGAAUUGGGACGAUGAGUAACAUCUCCUCCACUGUCUCUGACCAGUGUGAUAAACUUUCGCCUCAAUCCGCAAGUCCAUUGGAUCUCUAUUCCGCAUCCGAUAUUGUGGAGAAAGUUGCAUUCGAGGAAGGAAACUCCGACUUGUUUUCAAAGGCAGAUCUCGAAACAAUUCCUGGGAAUUCUUCGUCGUUUGAAUCCUCUUGUGCAGUUGGUGCGAAACGGGAUUGUCCCGAGGAUGGCGAGUUGGAAAACGCAAGUUUGGAUGUUCGGAAGAAACAUUGUCCUGCUGAGAAAGAGGGAGAACCUCUGUUGUCAGAAAAAGGUUUGUGCGUCGAACAAGCAGCAGCGAUCUCAAAGGAAACAGUUGCUUGUGCGUAUGACCGUUUAAAUGAAGAUCUCAAGCUAGAUCUGAUACCAUCGGGCGGUGCAGAUACAGUUAACUUGAAAGAAAAUUUGGAGUCCACAAGCAAUAAAGGAGAAGGGGAGCCAUAUGUCCAUGUGAAGGAAGAUCACAAUGAUGAAGUAGUGUCUCUCAGUUCAAAGCCUACGAAUCCUGAAGAGACUUUGCACGGUCCCCAUCGCCAGUUCUCAUCUCUUCAUGGUGUAAAUUUGCUAGAGGCAGUGAAUCAUACGCACGAGCUGCCGACAACAGUGCAUUACUUGGUUAUGUAUUGCCCGCGCAAAAAAAAUGCUAAGCGAAAAGGUCCCUGGUCUGAUGGUAUUAUUGUUUGUCAAGGGCGAUCGUGCACUCUCCAAGACAUGGAUAGUAAAGUUGUUAGUAAAUCGAAUUUUCAAGGAUUGAAGGAUAUGCCAGAAGGAGCCACUCUUGAGGUCGGAAAAUUUGAGGUAGAGGUGAUGAGAAAAGCUUCUAAUGAAGAAGUUCUCAGUGGUACUUUGUAUAUGGCUAACAAGCUUCUUCCGUCAAUUCCAAUUCAGUGUCCAUUGAAGACGUUGAAGAAACAGCCGUUCAAAAGUUCAAAGCUGGAUGGAUCACAACAGUCCAGCCGCAGGGACAAAGGACCAUUCAUGAUACCAAUGGACGCUUGGAAGCUGAACGAGGAUUCAUCUACAGAGGUUCCUGUCGUCGUGGAUCCGUAUAUUGCAUCAAAGUUGAGGCCGCAUCAAAAAGAUGGAGUGAUGUUCAUGUAUGAAUGUAUCAUGGGACUAAGAUCGAACUCCUUCUGCGGAUGUUUGCUAGCUGAUGAAAUGGGUCUUGGCAAGACUCUGCAAGUAAUCACCUUAAUAUGGACAAUUUUGAAGCAGGGUCCUGGCGGUUCUCCAGCUGUCAAGCGUGUCCUGGUCGUUUGCCCCUCGUCUCUUGUUCAUAACUGGGGGAACGAGGUUCACAAAUGGCUUGGGAGGGAGAGAUUGAGGUUUAUGGCGGUACAUGCAGGAACUGCGUACAGGGAGGCUGCUCAGAAAUUUGCAGAUUUUAAAGCUGGAUUCUCCAGUCCGCUCUUGAUAACAUCCUACGAAAUUCUACGGAAACACAUCGACAUAAUUGCAUCCACCAAACCGGGGCUACUGGUUUGUGAUGAGGCUCAUCGCCUCAAGAACUGUGCUGGUAACAAGACCAUUGAUGCUCUCGUUGGGCUUCAAUGCCCUCGUAAAAUUCUUCUGACCGGAACUCCUGUCCAGAACGAUCUAAACGAGUUUUAUGCUAUGAUUGACUUUGCCAAUCCAGGGCUUUUAGGCCCUCUUUCUUCGUUUAAGCGGAUAUUCGCAGAGCCUAUUGAGCGAAGUCAGGAUCGCACUGCAAGUGAAGAGGAGCAAAAGUUGGGACAAGCCAGAUCCCUUGAACUUCAAUCGAGAACUGAAUUCUGCAUUCUUCGGAGGACAGCAAACAUAAACGAAGCAUACUUACCUACCAAAACAGAAUUUUUUGUGUUUUGCAGAUUACAUCUACUUCAGAUCUCUUUCUAUAAUAUCAUCACUGCCAGAGCACUUAGGUCGGUGUACAUGACCGAAAAUGUUUCAGCUACGAUCUUAUCCUCAAUAACCUCUUUGAGGAAGUUGUGUAGCCACCCUCAACUUAGUUACAACGAUAUCAUUGAAGGCACAAACCUGGAUGCGGAGCUAAAAUCUCAGAUAAUUGCUGCUGGAUUAAGCAGAUUUAGUGACAGUACAGAUAACAUUGAAGUCCUCCAAUCAAGGGCGAGCCUGUCAGAUGAAGGAUGGAAGUUUUCUGGGAAAUUGGCAUGUUUAUAUUGGCUCCUCCGGACAGUUUACACAAGCCGUACAGCUAGGCAAAAGGAUAGGGUGGUGGUGGUUUCCAAUUUUACUCGAACAUUGGACUUAAUUCAGGAUAUGUGCACGAGUCAGGGUUGGAAUUGGUUACGACUGGACGGUUCGACGGAAGCAUCUAAACGGCAACUACUCGUUGAUCAAUUAAACAGUGGCGUUGGAGAUGUGUUUGUGUUCCUUCUGUCAUCAAAGGCUGGUGGAACUGGUCUUAACCUGAUCGGGGCCAAUAGGCUUGUACUGUUUGAUCCUGACUGGAAUCCAGCUACCGACUCCCAGGCGAUUGCUCGUAUAUGGAGAGAAGGGCAGCUAAAACCAGUCCUGAUAUACAGGCUUCUGUCGACUGGCAGCAUCGAAGAAAAAAUCUAUCAGCGUCAGAUAAUGAAAGGAGGAAUGUCUGCAGCUGUGGAAGGAGAUGCGGAUGUCCAUACCAAAAAGAGCAACAUAGGUCGUCAUUUUUCCAAGGAAGAGCUCAAAGAGCUUUUCACAUUAAAUCUGGCGACAAAUUGCGACACUUUCGACCUCAUCUCCAGGACAAAAACGGCUCCUGCCAAGACCUGGAUGGAUGAUUCAGAAAACGUUGACGAUCCUGCGCUUCAGAGUGCUAUCAAGUCAGGAAUCGUGUCAUUCGUGUACAACGACAGACGUCCAGCACCACAGCAACUCGCAACAGUCUGAGUUUGACUGCCUCAAUUUUAUAUCUACUAUCAUAACCCAGAACUAUCAAUCGUCAUCGAGAAGUAGUAUCCCUUAGCUUUGUCCGCGAUGGAAUUGGAGGGAAGGUUGGCUGCUCAUCCCAGAGAGCCCGGCCAGGUUCUUUUUACCAGCCUCCGGCACUCUCAUUGAAUAGAGCAUCGCUGCACAGAUUAGUCAGGAAAUAUGGUGUAUUCAUACGGAGCAGCUCUAACCCACCUGAAAAAAUUGAUCAACUAUUUUCAAGCCAAUUCUCCAGAUGCUAUUGGAAUAAAAUAAAACUAUACCAACCAUUGCGUCACAUUGCAAGGAA